AUGACCGAAAGAAGCGGCAUCCGCCUGGUUCUCUUUGGCCCGCCGGGUGCGGGAAAGGGCACGCAGGCCCAGUUGCUCAAGGAACGCCUGGGUAUCGAGCACAUCAGCUCCGGAGAUCUCUUCCGGAACCACCUGUCCAACGGCACGGAACUGGGCGAGCUGGCCCGGGGUUACAUGAACCGGGGUGAGCUGGUGCCCGACCAGGUCACCAUCGGCAUGGUCAUGGACCGGAUCGGCCGGAUCGCGGACAGGUGCGGUUUCAUGCUGGACGGAUUCCCGCGCAACACCACCCAGGCGGCGGCCCUGGAAACGGCGCUGCGAGAACGGGGCCAGCGGCUCGACCGGGUGAUACACCUCCAGGUCGCGGACGACGAAUUGAUCCGCCGACUGAGCAGCCGCUACGUCUGCCGGGUUUGCCAGCGGCCCUACUCACGCGACACCGUCACCGGCGCUCCCCCGGCGCGAUGCGCGGAGUGUACCGGCGGCGGCGACAUCUACCAACGAGACGACGACACCGAGGAAGCGGUGGCCAAUCGCCUGUCCGUUUACCACCAGGAGACCGCUCCGGUCCUGGAGUUCUACCGGCAACGCGGCCUGCUGGCCGACAUCCCCGGAGAGCGGCCAAUCGACGCGGUGCUUGACUCGGUGUUGCGGAUACUGGGCUUGGCCGACGUUGGCGCGGUUUCAAAAUCAUAG